CAACAGUAUGGUCGUACGUGUGCGAUGUGUCGAGUAUGUAACAUGAUGCUCGCAUCAUAUAUCUGAAAAAUUGCAAAUUCUAUUAGAAAGAAAUACCCGAUAAGAUAUUUUAUUAUAAUGUUGUAUUUAUUUGCUGAUAUGUAUGUAUCUUAAUAAAAUUCAUUUUGUUACUAAAACCUUUCUGAUUAUCGUGUGAGGUUAUGUGCGAUGUAGUGCUUUAAAUUAUAAUAAUAAAUCGAUCCUAAGAAACACGACAUUGGGAAUACAUAUAGUUCUAUAUAAAAAUUACUGAUUGAUUGAAAAAAAGAGCAAGACUUUUAUAACGUUUGUUGAUUAUCGAUAUUUAAGAAAUAACAAUCGUCAACAAUGGCUUCUGAUAAGUCUGUUAAUUCAAAUCAUACGCUGUCAACAAACGUUAAGAUAAAAGUAGAGCCAGGGACAUCGAUGCCCGUCUCCAUAAAGAACAUUAAAACUGAACCUGGCUUGUCUACCACAACAACAACCAGGUUAACUUCUUUCCGCUUGCCAAGGGACUUAACAUUGGGAGGCAAUAUUAAGACUGAGAAACCCAAAAAAGUAUACACGCCAAAUUUAAAUGCUCAAAGGACAAAGAAGAAAGACGACGGGGUACAAAAUGAUUCAACAAAGUCGGUUAAGGGUCAGGAACAUAACAGAGGACGUGGCAGGGGUGACAGGGGUAAAAGGACUGAUAGAGGACGUGGAAGAGGAAGCAACCUAAUACAAUCUAGUGGUAUCUGGUCUAGUGGCGCAUCAAACACGCAAAUAAUAAAACGCGGCAGCGGCGGAGGCGGUACUAGAGAUAGUGAGAGAAGCACUCAGUCAGCCCUAGAAAGGCCAAAACUCGAGUUAAAUCGCAAUAUUAAUAAAGCAGAAGAAGAGGAAAAAUUAAAGCAAUUGCUAAGAGAUGAUUUUAUAGACGAUGGGGAACCUUUAGAUUAUGAGAAUGGACCUAUUAUGUUACCAAUGUUCAAAGAGGCGAAAGUGCACAAAGAAGAAGUUAAAGAGAAAAUCGAAGAAGAACAGGACAGAAAACCGACUAUUUUGGAGAAUGGAGAGGUAUUAUCACCGAAAUAUGAAUUUAAAGUUAAGGUAGCGAAAUCUGGUGUAGAAUUGAAAGAAGAGUUUGAUAGCAUUCCCCAAAUGAUCGAAAAUAAGACAAAUUCUUACAUCUUGAUACAGUUUCCAGAUUGUUUACCAGGCUUUGUAAGCAAUGAGGAAGAUACUAGACCAACUCGUUCGAACGUCUCAAAUCACGACAAAGAAAAUGGACACAAUUCGGAAACGAACAUGUGCACAUUAAAUAGCUUGAAGCCUGGUAUUCUAGGCAAAUUACAAAUUUUAAAGUCUGGCAAAACACGCUUAUUAUUGGGCGAAAACAACUUGAUCGUGGAUGUUGGAUCGCACCUUAGUUUCCGACAAGAUCUCCUCGCCGCAAAAGUGGAUACCGAACAAUUAAACGGCGAUUUAAUUAAUCUUGGGCCUGUCAGCAAUACACUUAUUUGUUCACCCGAUUGGGAAUCCAUGUUGGCCAAAUUGUAAAUAUAUUUAUAUUAAAUAUAAUUUUAUCGUUACGUGUUCCUUAUUGUAAAAAAAAAUGAAUUAAAUGGGUAGAUUUAUACAUCACUACAAGUACGAAUUACU